AAGAGAGAGAGAGAGAGGGUGACAUCAAGAAAGAGGGGAAAAAAAGAAAAAGCAGUUACGUUUCAGCCAAUGACAGAGGACAUGUUUCCACUGUGCUGCGAGUAGAUAUCUCAUGUUGACCCUGACGAUGUGGUCUGCUGUGGAGAUAUACCCAUAAAUAUUGAUCUGACUGAGGAGUGAGAGGCUACAAACGGACCAGAGUGGCUGUUUUGGGAGGAAAUGCUUUGAUUGCAUUUUUAGAGAUGGCGUGAUUGAACGUGCUUGUUGGAUAAUGUGAUGCUUUUGGAUUAUUAUUGUUAUAUGGAUCAAGAGCGGAUGCUGUUUGAGGAGGCUGAGAUGUCUGCUUUUCCAACGGAGCUGGGAACUCACAAAGUUCAUCGUAAGGACAAUAAAUUCCAGCUGAAACACUCAAAAUCUCUAGCCAGUAUGAACAGCUGCUCCUACUUUUGCUCCAGCGUAAUGAUGGCGGAAGCAGGUUCAGGGGCCUCCCUGAGCCCAAAAUUGAGCUCCCGGCCCCUUACCAGUGGAGACUGGCGGCUGGUGGACAAGGCCCUUAAAAGACUGGAUAAGCUCCACCAGCUGUGCACCAACCCCCGGCUGGGCCUGAGGAACAGCCCGCCAUACCUUCCAGAGCUGGUAUCUGAGACAACAACAAUGCUAGCGCACGUUUGGGAGCCCUACAGGAGCCCCAGGGUCGCAGGCGGCCAGAUGCCACGAGGAGAUGAGGCCAAGUACCUGAGGGUCCAUGUCAGAAACCUGCUGGAUAAGACGGACAGGGCUGUGCUGCUGUUCAAGGAGGGACGGGAGAAGAUAUUUGAGGAGACAUCCAGCUACAGGAGGAACUUGACCAAACUGUCCUUGCUGUUCAGUCAUAUGCUGUGGGAGCUGAAGGCCAUGUUUCCAGGGGGUGGUUUCCAGGGUGACACCUACAGGGUGACUAAGACAGAGGCUGAGGAGUUUUGGAUGCAUUCAUUUGGAAACAGGUGCAUAGUGCAGUGGAAUAGUUUUAAAGAGAAGCUGCGGAGCGUGCAUGCCUUUGAGGAAGGGAUGGAGUCCAUGGCUCUGAAGUCAACUAUAGAUCUCACCUGUAAUGAUCACAUCUCUGUGUUUGAGUUUGACAUCUUCACUAGACUGUUUCAGCCCUGGAGGUCACUCAUAAGGAACUGGAACCAGCUGGCUGUGACUCAUCCAGGCUACAUGGCCUUCCUCACCUAUGACCAGGUUAUAGCUCGUCUGGAGCACUACCUGCACAGACCUGGCAGCUACAUCUUUCGUCUGAGCUGCACCAGAAUGGGCCAGUGGGCUAUUGGCCAUGUGACCAAUGAAGGCAGCAUCGUCCAGACCAUCCCCCAGAAUACACCUCUCUACCAGGCGCUCAUUCAGGGCUUCAAGGAAGGCUGCUACCUGUAUCCAGAUGGCCGCGAUGUGAACCCUGACCUGAUGAGCUUGUGUGAACCGGCCCAUAGGGGCAAAGUCAAAGUUACAGAAGAGCAGUACGAGCUUUACUGUGACAUCGGCAGCACCUUCCAGCUGUGUAAGAUCUGUGCAGAGCGGGAUAAGGACACUCGUAUCCAGCCCUGUGGCCACCUCCUGUGCCAGCCCUGCCUCACAGGCUGGCAGCAGAAGUCAGCUGGCCACACCUGCCCAUACUGUCGCUGUGACAUCAGAGGGACGGAGUCCAUCCUCGUCGAGCCCUACCUGCCAGGCAGCGGUCAGUGGGAGGAGGAGAGUGAGGACGACACAGAGGAGGCGGACCAUGAGGACAUUGAACUGAUGGUAAAGGAAAUGGCUGCACUGAGAAAGUUAUCGACUUUGGAUUACCAGGUUCCCACCUCCCGCUCACUCAGUGUUCCACCUCUGCCCCCGAAGCACAGCACAAUCCCGCACUGUUCACCGCCCUCCAGCCAAUCGCAGACAUCCGAACCCAAGACACUGGACACACACUUCCAUUCCCGUUCACAGGCCCACAGUGGCAACGACGCACAUAGAAGACACAAAAAACAAACAAAUGUGAAAAGCAGCACUGAAUUCCGCACAGAAGCAAAACGUUCAUCUUCCUCAUCGAAGGAUGUCGCCAGUGGAGUAGCAUGGCUCUGACCCUCCAGGCAAGUCAAAAAGAGACGCAAACAUAAAAAGAGGGAGGAGCUGAGAAAACUCACAGAGGACAAAUGUGACCUGGGGGAGAUGUCGACCUGACAGAGAAGCAACCUCUGCAAAAUAAAGACUCUUUUAAUAAAGUGAGAAAUACGUGGCAAAUAAAACAUCUUCAUUUUCAGAAAUAAGCCUGCAUCGAAUGUAAAAAUAAUUUUUGGUGUCAUGAUUAACUGUAAGUGAUUGUGUGUCAGCUGCACCGCCGAAGUUGUGAUAAGUGGGUGGGAUUGACAAGAAAAUUGCUUACUGAGGCCUCCUACUGUUCAAUAAUCACAGUGCCAUUAUCUCCACAGUGGGUUCAGCACUGAUUCUUAAUAAUUUAAGUGAUAAGUGAGGCUCCAUGAGAUUCAUUAAUGAAAGGCUUGGUGUACAAUUGAAGGGGGAUAUUACUCAUCUAAUACAUGAAACAAUAGAAAUAUGCUACCUCGUCAUGUAACCCCUGACAUUUUUCUUAUAAAUAAGUUAUGUGAGUAAAUAAAGGCCUCUGUAUAACUCAAUUUUAUUAAAAUCAAACCUGUAACUGA